GUGUGCCAAGUAAGGGAAAACACUCCAGGCUCUGUAAUUGUGGGGCCAAACCCACAGUGGAUGACGAAGCAAGUUAUAAUGAGUGUUUGUGGCCCAGGGCUGGUGCUUGUGUGUGCACAUGUGUUUUUAUGCACAACAGUACAAUUUGUGAAGUCAGGUGGGAGCAUCAACAUUUAACAUGUCUUUGCCAUGGUGUUAUGAACCCAAAGUGUUAUCACAAACAUGUGAUCACCUUUAGAGUGAGGCUGUCCAUAUUUUGAGGGCACUAACAAGCUACCUCAAGAUCAAAAGCUGAUUCUGUCCAGCUGUCUGUGGGGUGAUGAAUACAGCAGGGAGUCAGUGAUCUGAUCUGCAGUUGAUGAUGAAGUACAGUGGGAGAAGAAACCCCUGAGAAAAGAGGGAUAACAUAUCAAGGUCAGGUAGGUGGACUAUAUGAGCACUGCAUUAUUUCACAGAAACAGGAUUUCAAUUUGCAUAUGUCUGGAGAUUUGGGAUGCACAGUAGUCCUGUCAGUGAAAGGUUUCACUAAAACAGCUAUAGGUGUUUACAUGUCUGCUGAGCAGGAGAACUUUGCAAAAGAAGGAGAAAUCAACAAGUCAAGAAGAUGCAGACAUUGCAGAUUAGUGCUAGCUGUUUAUUUCUUUUUUGUUGUGCCUACUUGACUGAUUGCCGACAGCUAAAGUUUGUUGUUGCGGUGUUCCGACAUGGUGAUCGAUCGCCUAUUGAGUCAUACCCCAGGGACCCACAUGGUGAGGGAGUGUGGGCUCAGGGCUUCGGACAGCUCACUGAGCUGGGUAUGAAACAACAGUUUGAGCUCGGCAGAUUUCUACGGAGGCGUUAUGGAAACUUUCUCAGUGAAGACUACAACAAAAAAGAGUUAUAUGUUCGGAGCACUGACUACGACCGCACUCUAAUGAGUGCCCAAGCUUGCCUUGCUGGGAUGUUUCCCCCAGCCAGACGCCAGCCUCCCAUCAUGCCCCAGUUACUGUGGCGGCCGAUUCCAGUGCACACCAUCCCCAGAGCCCAAGACAAGCUGUUGAGGUCUCCAGGCAAAGACUGUCCAAGGUUCAGAGCGCUAAUGACAGAGACCUUUGAGAGUGCUCCUUACCAAAGGUUCCUCGGGGCUAACCAGUACUUUGUAGAAGGACUCUCCAACCAUACUGGCUACCCUGUGUCCAAACUGGUUGGUAAAAAAAUAUGGAGGGUGUAUGACACUCUUACCUGUCAGAGGAUCCAUAACCUAACUCUCCCACGCUGGGCCACCCAAGACGUUCUGGACACCCUGAAGAGAAUAGCAUCCUUUGAGGUCACGUACAGCAUCCUCAGUCACAAGCGGAAAGAAAAGGCUAGGCUCUCAGGAGGGAUACUACUUAACGCCAUCCUGAGGAAUUUUUCUGAUGCUGUAGAGCAAGGGGGGUCUCUCAAAUUCAUUAUGUACUCUGCUCAUGACUCCACACUCAUCACCCUCCAGGCAGCUCUAGACGUCUACAACGGGCUUCUUCCUCCCUACGCCGCCUGUCAACUCUUUGAGUUCUACCAAGAGUAUGAUGGAUCCUAUUCACUGGAGCUUUAUUACCGCAAUGAAUCCUGGCGCGACCCCUACCACAACCCUGUGCCAGGAUGUCGUGGUUUGAACCCCUGCCCUUUGUCUAUGUUCACCGAGCUGGUGCGCGAUGUGAUGACAAACAAAUGGGACGUCGAGUGUGGGUUACGGACCAAAUGGUCAAGCACAGGUGUCAUAACAGCACUUGCAGUGGCAGUGGGACUCCUGGCAGUGGCACUGUUGUUCAGUACAGCAGUGGCAAUCCGCACGCAGAGAAGACGCUACUCCAGGGAUGUGUAGUCUAGAUAACUUCCAUAUAUGUGGAAAUAACACCAAAAUCAUGCUUUUAGACAGUAGAGCCAUCUCUCAUAAUCUUUUGAUAUGCACUUUGAUCAAUCAAAUUCCGAUAAGACUUAUAAUGGAAGUGAAGGAGCAAUUUUCUUCUUUUAGUAUUGCAUGUUGGUGUUUUUCGAUAGAUACAACAUACUGGGAACUUGCAAGAUAUAGUCCAAACAGAAACUGUAUCAGGCAUUAAUAA